AGAAACCAAAAAAAGCCAGAGAAAAUCAAAGAGAAAAAGCCAUUACCCAUUUCCCCAUUUCUUCAUAACCAGACACCAAAAACACACAGAAAGCUUUAUUGUCAUACCAUUCAUGGCUUCCCUACAAGCUUCAAGUACCCUACUUUUCUCUUCUUCUUCAAGAAGAUUAGCCAAUGCAGCUAUAUCUGUUCCUAAACUACCAAAGAUCAACAAAGUUUCGGUUCCGAAAAUCCAAACAAGAUCAAAGCUUGUUGAGGAACUAACAAACGGAUUUGUCAAGACAAUCAUUCCAUUAGAAAGGACUGAUGUUAAUACUUACAACAGUGAAGAGGGUCAGACUGCAUCAAUGGAGAUUAGAGCUCAGCUUCACGCCAUCUUGGAGGCGGUGGCUGAUAGAAUAGAAAUGCACAAUAACAUUGGCGAGCAGCGUGAUAACUGGAACUCCCUUCUUCUUAACUCCAUUAACAUGAUAACUCUCAGCGCUGCAACAAUAGCCGCCAUCGCAGCAUCCGCCAAUCCAGUUGGUGCUUCCCUUUUGGCCUGCAAGUUUUCUUCAACCCUCAUGUUCUCUGCAGCCACAGGGAUGCUGGUUAUCAUGAAUAAAAUUCAGCCAUCUCAGCUGGUUGAAGAGCAAAGAAACGCCACCAGACUGUUCAAACAGUUGCAGAGAAGAAUCGAAACGAUUCUUUCUCUCGGCAAUCCGACCGAAGAAGACGUAAAAGAUUCAAUGAAAAGAGUCUUGGCACUAGACAGAGCUUACCCACUUCCUUUAUUAGGCGUCAUGCUUGAAAAGUUCCCCAAUAAAUUCAAGCCUGCAACCUGGUGGCCUAAAGCAAUGAUACCAGACUCACUAUCUCCGAAGAAGUUGCAGGGCGUUAAUGGCUGGACUGAGGAGCUGGAAACGGAGAUGAAAGAGCUUCUCCAAGUCAUCAAGAGAAAUGAUAGUGAAGAUUACGAGAGACUCGGCAAUAUAGCGUUGAAAGUGAACAGAACAUUAGCCAUCUCCGGGCCAACACUGACCGCCGUUGCAGCUCUCGCGUCUGCUUUCUUGGGAAAUCCAUCAAACGGGUGGUGGCCAUCAGUCGUGGUAUUGACAUCUGCAGCAAUGGCCGCUAUAGUUAACAGCUUGGAGCACGGGGGUCAAGUGGGUAUGGUGUUCGAGAUGUACAGAAACAGCGCUGGGUUCUUCUCUGAUUUGCAGGAGUCGAUUGAAUCCACGGUGAGUGAAAGUAACGCAGAAAAGAGAGAAAACGGAGAGUUGUUCGAGAUGAAGAUGGCUUUGAAGCUUGGUAGAAGCUUGUCAGAGCUUAGAGAUCUUGCAAGAAAGUCUUCUUUACGUGUAGAAGGAUCCGCCAUUGAUGAAUUUGCCAGCAAGCUUUUCUAGAUUUUUAGGAAUUGAUUAAUUCUUUGAUUCUUUAUUUGUUAGAAUGACCCAAAAAAAAAGUUGUACAACCAUGUAAUAUACAAAGAACAAAGAGAAAAAUUC